CCAUUGCAUAUACAUUUAUGUGUCAAUGUGUAUCAGUCAGCUCUUUGUCGUGCAACACUAUCCGCGUUGUCUUGCAUUAGCAACUGAAUGUUAGCUGGCUAACAUUCAGGUUCGCAAACCAGCCAAAUAGUCUGUGUGCGAGUACCAAGUGUGCGAUUCCGACGGUGGCGUGACACGUGUUUGUGUGUUGAGACGAUCAGAUGGAUGUUUUCCAGCAGCAAAAGAUACAUUCAUCGCGUAUAAUUAAAACAAUCAGAAUGGAACCUGCUUGCCGUAAGGACAAGCCAAAGCUCAACUCGACGCCAACUAGAGGAGACCGAUCCAAACAGAAAUCUGCACAGCAGGAACUCAAACAGCGACAGAGGGCAGAGAUAUAUGCCUUGAACAAGGUGAUGACUGAGCUUGAACAUCAGCAGUUUGAGACCUUUUGUAAACAGAUGCAGCAACAAGGAGAAUGAUUUAUGCUGUCUGCGCUGCCUUCAAUAGCGCUUUUCUUGGAUGAACUGAGGCGGCGGGUGGUACUCACAAAUAUGCCUAUGCCACACUGGGGACGUCAUGGUAUUUCCUUCCUAAAUCUGACACCAGCAUUGGACAAUCCGUCUGAAUCAUCGUCAAGCUCAUGUAAUUGAACAAAUUACAAUCAUUAUCAUCUGAAAAAUAACAACACUCCAGCCAUUAUUGGGGGAGGGAGGCACACUCAAAUGCAUGAUCGGGCCCACUCCGUCAUCCGCAAGGGGAGACCUUGCAGUUUACCUGCCAAUGUUAUGCAUGGACGCCAGGAGGUCUAUUAGCUACUCUCUAUCUGUGCAAAAUCAAGCAAGAUACCUAAUGGAAGAGAAACCUACCUAUGCGCACUGUUAGACAGCACUAGUCAGCACUCUGCUUGGCAAGAGAAUUGAGCCCAACGUGUUGAUUUUACGGCAUGGUGGUUCGUGGAAACAUUGCAGGGAAAAUAGCACACAACUAAGGCAACUCCGGUGAGACUAAUGUUUGCCUGAUUUCAGAGGUGUUCCAGACCUCAAAUUAGGCGGCCUCUCAAUUUUAUAUGAAGUAAUAGCCCUGCCUCAGGUGGACCCAGGAUUGCCCUUCUUCCCCAAAACGCAAACAAUGAACGACAAAGUUAUCCAGAAGUGGUGAGGUUUUCUCUUAUUGAAUCGGGUGAUCGUCCUUCAGAAUGUGUUAUCUUGAAUAUGCCCUGGAGUAUUUCUCUUCUAAAUGUUACGUGCAUUGUUACCGUAGUAUGGAACCGAUUUGAGAAGGGUGAGCAGCGUUGGAUAUGAUGUAAUAUUUCACCUUUGUUGAAUUGGUUACAGUGAGCUAUUCAUUUGUGUGGUAUGUGCAGUAUGUCUCUAUUCUCUGAGCAGGAGACCUUGGGGCAGUGUACAGCGUAGACUGUAUUUUUUUAUUUUAAUUUUUUUUUUAACCUCUUCAAUUCCCGAAAAAACACCUCAUCCGUUUGAAUCCAUCCUCUGCAUUUCAAAGUGUCCGGUAUUGUUUGAGGCACGAGUGUUCUUCAUCAGUAUGUUGCUGUGUCAGUAUGCUUCGAAGGUAGCUUCCUUUUAAGAAUUUUUGUCUCGAGCAUCUUUUUUUUUCAUCAAGGCAUUAGAUUGUCUUUACUGAUGACAAAUGGCUUUCAAUCUGUCAAAAAAAAAAAACAAUGAUGACAUAAACACGCUGUAUUGCUCUGAACUAACCUGUACCCGGGUUCGUUUUGUGUUCAACAUUUUGUUUUUAUUUGAAUUAAAAAAUCAAUCCAC